UGGGGUUUGUUCAGUCAGGCAGCUUUAAAUCGAAAGCGAAUUUGGCUUUUGGCAUUAGUUCUACUUGUGCUUCUCGAGCGUUCGCAGUCCGCAAUGAAAGUAUUUGUAUGUCUUCUGGCUCUAGCAGCCAUCCUGGCAACCGCCAACGCCGGUCUCCUCAGUCUGCUCAAGGGCGGUGGUGGUGGUGGCGGUGGCUAUGGCGGCGGCUACGGUGGUGGCUACGGCGGCGGCUACGGAGGUGGUGGCUAUGGAGGCGAGAGCACCGUGAAGGUCAUUAAAGUGAUCACCGAUUCCGGAGCUGGCGGUGGCUACGGCGGAGGAUACGGAGGUGGCUAUGGAGGAGGCUACGGAGGUGGACACGGUGGUGGUUACGGAGGUGGCUACGGAGGUGGCUAUGGAGGUGGCUACGGAGGUGGCUACGGAGGUGGCUACGGAGGUGGAUACGGCGGUGGCAGCACAGUAAAAAUUAUUAAAGUGAUCACCGAUUCCGGAUCCGGCUACGGAGGUGGAUACGGUGGAGGUGGCUGGAGCUCCGGUAGCUACGGAGGCAGUUACGCUGGUGGCUACGGUGGUCAGUCCGGAUGGUGGAAGACGAAGUGAGCCACUCUCCAUUUAGAUGUAGUCCGGAUAUAAACUCGUUUAUGUACCUGAAAAAAAAAAACAUUCCGUAGCCAAGUAACCCGAAUCUUUUAAUGCCAGUUAUUUCCAAGUUAGCGAAACUAGUUUCAGAUGAUCCGCAGACUGCUUGGCGAACUUACAAAUGAAGCAAAAAUAAAUCUUAUUUAAAUAAAUAAA